GAGGAGUACGAGCCUCCUGAGAGCCCUGUGCCACCUGCUCGCAGCCCCUCGCCACCCCCCAAGGUGGUGGAUGUGCCGAGCCAUGCCAGCCAGUCAGCCAGAUUCAACAAACACCUGGACCGUGGCUUCAACUCCUGCUCCCGCACAGACCUGUACUUCGUGCCCCUCGACGGCUCCAAGCUGGCCAAGAAAAGGGCAGACUUGGUGGAGAAAGUGCGGCGAGAGGCUGAGCAGAAGGCGCGGGAAGAGAAGGAGCGGGAACGGGAACGGGAGCGGGAGAAGGAGCGAGAGCGGGAGAAGGAGCGGGAGCUGGAGAGGAGCGUGAAGAUGGCCCAGGAGGGCCGGCCAGUUGAGUGCUCGUCCCUUGGGCCAGUUCCUCACCGUCCCUCCUUUGAGCAGGGCAGUGCUGUAGCGACUGUUCCCCCGUACCUGGGCCCCGACACCCCUGCUCUGCGCACCCUCAGCGAAUAUGCGCGGCCCCAUGUCAUGUCCCCCAGCAACCGCAACCACCCUUUCUAUGUGCCGCUGGGUGCAGUUGACCCAGGCUUGCUGGGGUACAAUGUGCCGGCCAUCUACAGCAGUGAUCCAGCGACAAGGGAGCGAGAGCUGAGGGAGCGGGAAGCCCGUGAACGAGACCUGAGGGACCGGGACCUGCGUGAACGUCUCAAGCCCGGCUUUGAAGUCAAACCAGCUGAGUUGGAGCAGCUCCAUGCUGUGCCAGCUGCUGCUAUGGAUCCGUUCCCACGUCAUGGCGGGCUGAGUCUGCAGACAGCCCCUGGCCUUCAUCCCGCUUUUCCCUUCCACCCAGGGCUGGGCCACUUGGAGCGGGAGAGGCUGGCGCUGGCAGCUGGCCCGACCCUUCGUCCUGACAUGUCCUACGCCGAGCGCUUGGCAGCUGAGCGCCAGCAUGCUGAGCGGGUGGCUGCUCUCAGCAAUGACCCUCUGGCCCGGCUGCAGAUGCUCAAUGUGACACCUCACCAUCAUCAGCAUUCCCACAUCCACUCCCACCUCCAUCUCCACCAGCAGGAUGCCAUACAUGCAGCCUCAGCAUCUGUUCAUCCUCUUAUUGACCCACUUGCCUCGGGAUCACACCUCACCCGGAUACCGUACCCAGCUGGAACCAUCCCCAACCCUCUCCUGCCUCACCCUCUGCAUGAGAAUGAAGUGCUGCGCCACCAGCUUUUUGCUGCACCCUACAGGGACCUGCCAGGCUCUCUCUCCGCGCCCAUGUCAGCAGCACAUCAGCUCCAGGCCAUGCACGCGCAGUCAGCUGAGCUGCAGCGCCUGGCUCUGGAACAGCAGCAGUGGCUUCACGCCCAUCACCCUCUGCACGGCGUGCCACUCCCGACGCAGGAGGAUUACUACAGUCACCUGAAGAAAGAAAGUGACAAACCCCUUUAA